CGGAAACGUCACAUCUAUCACCACAAUGGCGGAAGAAAGUGUUUUGGUUGAAGCGUCGUCCUUUAUGGAUCCCUUUAAAGGGCUUUUGUUGACAUAUUUUAUGCCAGAAUCAUGCUACGACGAGUUCUUUCUCAAUUUCAACUUCCUGGACGUACCAUGUCUGAAGAUUAUGCUGAGCAAAGGCCUGGGGAUCGGCAUCAUCCUGGGAUCAGUGAUGGUGAAGCUGCCUCAGAUCUUCAAGCUGAUGGGAGCAAAGAGCGCUGAGGGGCUGAGCUUCCACACUGUGCUGCUGGAGCUGCUGGCCAUCACAGGAACAAUGGCCUACAGUAUCGCCAACAAGUUCCCUUUCAGUGCCUGGGGGGAGGCUCUGUUCCUCAUGCUGCAGACAGUCGCCAUCGGCUUCCUCAUUCAGCACUAUGGAGGAAGAACCAGCAGAGGUCUCCUGUUCCUGGUUGUGUAUUUUGGCCUGCUGGUCCUCGUGCUGUCUCCAGUCACUCCCAUGUCAGUGGUUACCUCCUUAC